AUGGGGACUAAGCUUGCUUAUAGUACAGCCUAUCACCCUCAGUCAGAUGGCCAAUCUGAGAGAUUAAAUCAGAGUAUGGAAGGAUAUUUGAGGUGUCUUUGUUAUCAAGCCCCUCAUUCAUGGGUUAAAUGGCUUUCUUUAGCUGAAUGGUGGUAUAACACUAGCUAUCAUAGUGCCUUGAAGCUGUCUCCAUUUGAAGCUUUAUAUGGUUACAAGCCAGCUCCAUUGACUUUUCUGCCUCUUGAGAAUGCUUCAAGUUCUAUAGCCUUAAGAAAAAACUUCAAGUUGGUAGCAAGGUCUUAUGGGCCUUUUCAACUGGAAGCUAAAGUUGGUACUGUGGCUUACAAACUGAAACUACCCCCUAAUUCCACUGUACAUCCUGUGUUCCAUGUUUCGUUAUUAAAGAAAAAGGUUGGAGACAAUACUGUGAUCGUUCAGGAUCUACCUCUUUUUCAGGAUGAUACAGUGAUAGUGGCUCCAGAAAAAGUUUUGCAGAUUAGAAUAAUUACCAGGCAUGAUCAGCAAGUUCUUCAAGGACUUAUCAAGUGGAUGAAUUUACCUGAAGAGGAAGCUACCUAG